GAACAAAGCCGUCGUCAGCCGUUCAACAUCAUCGCGCUGAAGUGAUCCGCUAGGCAGUGCAUGCUGAACUUUCUGCUUUGCCCAUCGGAAAGUGUGGGACCAAGAGAACAAAACGGAUAUUCACAAGUCAACCAUAAGUUUCUCUUGGUUGUAUCUCACAAGGACUCAACAACAGACGGAUUUUUUUCUUUUUUGGCAAAUGAAGUCCCACCAAGCGUGGGACAGAGAAGCGACGGCGGCCUUGCUGUAAAAGAAACGCUUCAAACUUUUGCGAAUACAUUCUCAGUGGCUUCAAGUGACGGACUUUGAUUUUCCCAGCGGCGUGUUUGGAGUCGUGCUGGGUUGGCAGAAAUGGGGACGCGGAUACGUGCCCAUAAACUCACUCUUUUUAUUAUCCCUUUGAUAUUUACGUCGCAUCUGUUUAAUGUGGCUCAGACUUCUAAAGUGUGGGAUGAGGUGCCCUUUCCAGAGGAUUUAGAGGAGGAAAACAAGCGACCAGGGGGAUAUGUGGAUGAUGAAGAGUACUAUGAUCCUUCAGGAGAAAUCAGUGGAGAAGAGGAUGGAAGCACUCCUGAGCCGAGUACAGUUGACCCACUCACUAUAACAAUUUACUAUCGGGCACUGGUGAACUUCACAAACUCAUUCCAGUAUGGGCCUGAACUUGAUGACAUCUACUCUCCUGCUUUCCAAGAGAUAUCAUCUGCCGUCGUUGAUACGCUCGAGUCUGACUACAACAGGAUACCAGGACAGCAGACCGUCAAUGUGGUUCUCAUCAAGAAAAUCGGCAAAGAUGUGUUUGUGGAGCUGGACGUCGGCUCAGAUAACAACUCUAAUGAAACACAGAUCAGAGGUGUCCUGUUCUCUGUGGUUAAAGAGGGCACCAUUGCCUCCUACGAUACCUCAGUAAUUGGCUUCGAGUUCAGAAGGCUUGGAGAAGUGAAGCCCAGUCCCAGGGAUUGCUUGUCUUAUGAGUUCAGAUGUCAGGAUGGGCUGGCGUGUAUCCCUCUGGAUUCUGUGUGUGACAGACGGCCUGACUGCAAUGACUUGAGUGAUGAAGUGAACUGUGCUGUUGUUCCUGUCCGUCCUACUCCACCUACGCCUCCCAAAACAAGACCCCCACCCGGCCCGGGACCCUGCCGUGCAGACCAGGCCACCUGCCAGAACGGACAGUGUAUCUCACGGGAUUACUUAUGUGAUGGCGAACCGGACUGCUCUGAUGGCAGCGACGAGUUCAAGUGUGGAACUCCAUCUCCUUGUGAGCCCAAUGAGUUUAAAUGUCAGAACGGCCGAUGUGCCCUGAAGCUGUGGCGUUGUGAUGGGGAUAAUGACUGUCAAGACAACUCAGAUGAGAUGAACUGCCCCACUAAAGGUCCAGGGGACACAUGUGCCCCGGAGCAAUUUGUGUGUUUGUCUGACCGCACAUGCAUUCCUGCCAGUUACCAGUGCGACGAGGAGCCGGACUGUGCCGACCGCUCUGAUGAAUAUGGUUGUGCACCUCCUGUUGUGACCAACACGCCAGAAGCGUCCAUCACGGCAGCUCGGGGGGAAACAGUGACCUUUACUUGUUCUGCCAUUGGUGUGCCCAUUCCCAUCAUCACAUGGCGUCUUAAUUGGGGACACAUACCAGCCAACAGCAGAAUCACAAUGACCAGUGAGAAUGGGCGAGGAACGCUUAUCAUCCGUGAUGUGAAGGAAAGUGACCAGGGGGCGUACACAUGUGAGGCCAUCAAUGCUAAAGGCCUAGUGUUUGCCAUUCCUGAUGGGGUCCUCAGCCUCUCUCAGAGACCAAACCCAGUUGUGUCAUCCUCUUCAUACGUGUUAGCAGGUAAUUGCCGUGAUGGACACUUUAGCGUGGGCAAUCUCUGCAUGCCAUGCUUCUGUUUUGGCAUCACAAAGAACUGUCAGAGCACCGGUCGCUACCGCAGCCAAAUCGGACUGCGCUUCACAGAGGAGGAGGACUUCAAAGGAGUCAAUGUGUCAUUUCCUAGUCGUCCUGGCACUCCACCACCUCUCUCCUCCACUCAGAUGUUAAUUAAUCCAGAGACUGAGGAGUUCCAGCUAGUGGAUCUGUCCCGCCGUUUCCUCGAUCAAGAAUCCUAUUGGUCUCUGCCUCGCCAGUUCCUGGGCAAUAAGGUCGACUCGUAUGGAGGUUAUCUGAAGUUUAAGGUGAGUUACUCACUUCAGCGAGGUGGAUCAGAACCAAAGGAGAAACCUGAUGUUGUGCUGAGUGGCAACGGGCAUAAACUUAUUUACCGUAGAGGCAACCCCACUUUACCUGACACAAUCAACCACAGAGAGAUCAAGUUUACAGAGGAAAACUGGCAGCACUCCUCAGGACGAGCAGUAACUCGUGAUGACCUCAUGAUGACCUUGGCCAAUCUGGAGAGCAUCCACAUUCGCACCAUUUAUGACAACCGCAUGGCCAGUGUCGGGCUGGGUGACAUCAGCAUGGAUAUCACCACCAAGGAGUUCAGCCUGCAUGGGAACCCAAGAGACGUGGAAGAGUGCAGAUGUCCUGCUGGGUAUUCAGGAUUAUCUUGUGAGUCCUGCUCCCCUGGAUUUGAGCGGGUCUCUGGGGGACCCUACCUGGGCAUCUGCGCUGGCUGCAACUGCAAUGGGCAUGCCAAUGCCUGUGACCCUAUUAGUGGACACUGCCUGAGUUGUCAGGAUAACACAGAAGGACCUCAGUGUGACAAAUGCAAACCGGGCUACUUUGGUGACCCAACUCGAGGACGAUAUGACUGCAGACCCUGUCCCUGUCCAUACACAGAGACAUCUCGACGGUUUUCAGAUACUUGCUUCCUGGACCAUGACAACCAGGCAACAUGUGACGCCUGCAGACCUGGUUACACAGGGCGACGUUGUGAGAAAUGUGCUCCAGGAUAUGUCGGCAGCCCUAUGCAGCCCAACGGCAAAUGUGUCCCUGCUGCUAGCUUAAUUUCCAAGUGCGAUAACAGAGGAACUAUCAAUCCCAUCAGCAAACCAUGCUAUUGCAAGGCCAACGUGGUUGGUGCCCUUUGCGACGAGUGUAAGAUUGGCACUUUUCAUUUGGCGGCCGAUAAUCCUGAAGGUUGCUUGCAGUGUUUUUGUAUGGGAGUGACUAAACAGUGUGCCAGUUCAACCUGGAGAAGAGAUCAAGUGCGAGGUGGUGUCAACGGCCAGCUCUUUACCCUUUCCAAUGCAGCCAACACUAGGACCAUCUCUGAGGGCAUCACCCAGAGAGCCAGUGCAGAGGUGGUCUACCGAUCCUUCACCAGUAUUCCUAACGACAUCUACUACUGGGUCCUGCCUCAGAAUUUCAGAGGGGACAAGGUCACAGCAUAUGGUGGAGAGCUGCAGUAUAGGCUGCGUUAUGAGCCGCAGGCUCGUUCGCUAGUAAUUGAGAGACAACCAGAUGUGGUUCUCCAAGGCAACGGCAUCUUCCUGGAGCAUUAUUCCCAGCCCAAACCACUUCCUAGAGUACCAUCCACCAUCACUGUGCCAUUUAGAGAGUCUGCUUGGAGACGGACGGAUGGACAGCCAUGUACAAGAGAGCACUUGCUGAUGGCUCUGGCAGAUAUCAGCCUCUUUAUGAUCAGAGCCACUUACGCAGACAAUAUGGCUGAGAGCAGUAUCUCCAAUAUCCAAAUGGACAUUGCAGUGCCCCACUCUACAGGAAACGAGAGGGCUCUGGAGGUGGAGGAGUGCGCCUGCCCUCAAGGAUACACAGGACCUUCUUGCCAGGAGUGUGAUACCGGCUACACCCGCACACCUGGACUUUAUCUUGGCACCUGUGAGAAGUGUGAUUGCAGCGGGCAUGCCAGCGGCUGUGACUCAGAGACUGGAGAUUGUCUGAAUUGCCUGCAUAACACAGUUGGGCGCCGUUGUGAAAAUUGCCUGCCUGGAUUCUAUGGAAAUCCAAAGACUGGUGAUCCACAGGCAUGUAGACCCUGUCCUUGUCUAGGACACUCCAGUAACCAGCCUUCAUCUUGUUACUUGGGCUCAGAUGGACAGCCCAUAUGUGAAUGUCCUGCUGGUUAUACUGGAAGACGGUGUGAAAGAUGUGCUCCAGGAUAUACUGGCAAUCCUCAACUUGGUCAGAGAUGCACUCGGGACAGCACUGAUGGUGAUUGUUAUCGCUGUGACAAAAGUGGUAGCGAAGGAUGCAGUGCAACGGGAAUCUGUCGCUGCAAGAUGAAUGUUGAGGGUUCAACGUGUUCCACCUGCAAGCAAGGGACCUUCCACCUCAGUCCUGCUAACAAAGAUGGCUGUCUGUCCUGCUUCUGCAUGGGCGUCACCCAGCAGUGCUCCAGCUCCAGUCACUAUAGAGAUGUGGUUUCCACCACUUUUGCCCCUGGAAACUACCAAGGUUUUGCCCUUGUAAACCGCCAGCGCACCAACCGCAUUGACAGUGGCUUCUCCGUAGAGGUGUCCACAGAUGAAACACAACUCUCCUACACUAACUUUAACUAUCUUGGACAGGAGCCCCACUACUGGCAGUUACCCAGAGCUUAUCAAGAAGACAAGCAGGUGGAACAGGGAAAAAACACUGUUGGUCUCCCUAGAGGUCCACGACCUGGCCCCUCUAAAAAGUAUGUUUUGGUCUACAGUGGUUUCAGCUUGCACCCAGAUGAUGUGCUCUUCUGGCAGCUCCCGGAGCAGUUUAAAGGGGAUAAGGUUGGUGCAUAUGGUGGAAAACUGACAUAUACCAUCUCCUAUGUGCCUGGACCUCGAGGUUCUCCAAUAGAAGAUGUUGAUGUUCAGAUUAUUGGUAAUGAUAUCACACUGGUGGCACGGCAAAAAUGGAGAAGGGGGCAAGGUGCCAGAGAGUCACAGGACUUUGAGAUAGUUUUCAGAGAGGAACACUGGCAGCGUCCUGAUGGCAUGCCGGCUACCCGGGAACACCUGAUGAUGGUGCUUGCGGACCUCGAUGACAUCUUGAUCCGUGCCUCGUAUCACACUGAGAUGCGCUCAUCCAGUAUCUCGGGGGUUCGCAUGGAUAUCGCUGUGCCUCGCUACACUGGCCUGGCACGGGCUUUGGAGGUGGAACAGUGCCAGUGUCCUCCUGGUUACCGUGGUCUGUCAUGCCAGGACUGCGCUCCUGGAUACACUCGCACAGGAGGGGGCUUGUACCUUGGUCACUGUGAGCCGUGUGAAUGUAACAGCCAUUCGGACUCCUGUCACCCAGAGACUGGCAUCUGCACGAGCUGUCAACACAACACCAAGGGUGAGCUCUGUGAACAGUGUGCUGACGGCUUCUUUGGAGAUCCGACCGCUGGAACCCCUGAGGACUGCCAACCAUGUGCCUGCCCUGGCACUGACCCUGACAACCAGUUUUCUCGCACCUGCGAGAGUCUGGGUAACGGAGGCUACCAGUGCACUGCCUGUCAGCCUGGCUACACUGGCCAGUAUUGUGAACGGUGUGCGUCUGGUUAUUUUGGAAAUCCACAAGCAAGAAUCCCCUGCCGUAGUGCUGCUGCAUCUCUAGUGGUGAAGGUGUUUCCAGAAAGGGUUGAGAUGGCACAGGGAAAGCCAGUCACUCUAAGGUGCCAGGUGUCUGGAUAUGCACCACACUAUUUCUACUGGUCCCGUGAGGAUGGACGCCCAAUCUCCAGCACAGCAGAGAGACGCAGACAAGGAGAGGAGCUGCAUUUCCCCAGUGUGCAUCCCAGUGAUGCUGGCGUUUACAUCUGCACCUGCCGAGACCAGCGCAGCUCCAAUAAAAGCAAAGCUGAGAUUGUUGUUACAACCUUACCAUCCAAACCUAUUGAAGUCUUUAUCGAGGAGCCCAAAGCACAGAGUGUGACGGUGGGAUCUACAGUGAGCUUCAUCUGCACAGCCAAAAGCAAGCUGCCAGCGUACACCCUUGUUUGGACCCGCAAAGGCAACGUCAAGCUGCCUAACCGAGCCAUGGAUUUCAAUGGAAUCCUGACCAUUCAGAACGUGCAGCCUGAGGAUGCGGGCAUCUAUGUUUGCACAGGCUCCAAUAUGUUAGGCAUGGAUGAGGGCACAGCUCUCCUCUAUGUCCCAGAGGCUUCUCAGUCACAGAUGUUUUUCACAGCCUAUGAGAUGUUUGAAGGACAUAGAACGCCUACUGAAGGGGCCCAGCCGGUGGCCACAGUAAAUCCACCAGUGCUGACCAUCCAGCAGGGCCAGCGGGCAGAGUUCCGCUGCUCGGUGACCGGCAACCCCACCCCUGCUGUGGAAUGGAUAGGAGGUCCAGGGAAACGGAUCAGCUCAAAAGCUGUCAUUCGUAACGGGCUGCUGACCAUCCCAUCUGUGGAUCGCUCAGAUGAGGGCGAGUACAUCUGCAAGGCUCUGAACACGCAUGGCGAGCACACAGCCCGAGGAGUUCUCCAUGUUCAAAGUACAGGUCAACCUCACGGUCUGCCCAUCGUACAAGUAAGCCCUCCACGGAUGGAAAUUCAUGAGGGUGAGACUUUACGGUUGUACUGCAGGGCCGUUGGCAAUCCAACCCCUGCCCUUACAUGGAAGAAGAGAGGUGGUUCACUGCCGCCACAGGCAAUUCCUUCUCACGGUUUCCAUCAGUUUAAAAGCAACAGUCUCGAUGUGUUACAGAGACGUAUUGAGGAGCUACAGGCCCGCAUGGAGCGCACUGACAUCGGCACUCUCCUCAUACCCAAUAUCAGGUCAUCCGAUGCAGGCACAUAUCUUUGUGUUGGAACCAACACUGUUGGUUCCUCAGAAGCUUAUAUUGAGGUCUUUGUCAAAAGAGGUGAAAUCAUCUCCUCUGGAGUCACCAUCCAACCCUCUAUUGCUUCUGUAAUGGAGGGGGAGACGAUAGAUCUCAACUGCAUCGUUCCAGGAACCUCUCCAGCAUCUGUCAAAUGGAGCAGGGCAGGCGGGCUGCUGUCAUCCAAUCAUCAGGUGCUGGGGACUCAGCUACGGAUCCUGCAGGCCUCUGCAGAUGACAAUGGAGAAUAUAUCUGUCGGGUGGAGGGUGGCCCAUCCCCUCGCCAGGCUUCAGUAUCUGUGUCUGUGACAUCCAGCUCCUCCCUAGGCCUCCAGAGCCCCAUUAUCUCCAUUGAGCCACAUAGCGCAGCAGUGAAGCAGGGUGAGUCAGCGAGCUUCAGGUGCAGGGUUCACAGCGGAGCCCAGCCGGUGCGCUUGGAGUGGAAACCCACCAACAACCAGCUUCUGCCAGAUAACGUGCAGAUUGGUCCCGACAAUUCUGUUAUGACCAUUACCAAUGCCCAGGCCAAAAACCAGGGCACCUAUCGCUGUGUAGCCAGCAACUUGUUCGGAAUGACUCACAGCAUUGUGUCGCUCAUUGUGAGAGAAUCUCCUAAGGCUGUAGUGACCCCUGCAGGACCGGUGCGAGUCAGGGUAGGCGAUCCCAUCAAUCUCGAAUGCCAGGCCGCUGGAGAGCCAAGACCCUCUGUGAGAUGGCACAGAUUGGACAACAACCGCAAAACCAUGCUGAGCAGCCCCGUGCCUUCCGAUUCCAGUGCUGUCAUGCAGGUCUUAGUUGCUCGGCCAGAAGACAGUGGCACAUACGUGUGCACAGCACAGAACAACCAGGGCACAACUGAGACUCGUGUAGAGGUGUUCGUAGAAGGAGGGUCUCAGGUGCCAACUGUUCCACGUGCCAGCGUCCGUGAGCCUAUGAUUGUUGUGGUAGAAGGAUCAACUGCCACACUUCAUUGUGAUGCCCAUGGAUUCCCAAAGCCCACCAUCACAUGGUCUAAAGAACGGUCUUCUCUGCCUUGGAGACACAAGAUAGUCGACAACAGCCUGGUCUUACCUAAUGUUGGCCGUCAGGACUCUGGUCAAUAUGUCUGCAAUGCCACUAACCACAUGGGCACCAGUGAAGUCACCAUCAUGCUGGAAGUCGACACCCCACCCUAUGCCACUUCCUUGCCCGAUGACGUGUCAGUGCGAGUGGGUGAAGUAAUCCGACUGCAGUGCCUGGCCCAUGGCACCCCACCCCUGCGUUACGAAUGGACUAAGGUCAACGGCAGCUUGCCUCAAACUGCUCAGCUGCAAGGAGGAGACCUCCAGAUCAACCUGGCCAAGGAGAACGAUGCUGGGACAUACAAGUGUGUGGCCAGCAACAAGGUUGGCAAGAGUGAAGCACUGGCCAAAGUCUCUGUCCGAUCACCCCUGUCGGUGAAAGUGUCCCCACAAGUGGAAGUGAAGGCUCUGGGCAGUGCUGUGGAGUUUACCUGUGCUGCUAAAGGAGGGUCUCAGAUUGAGAUUGAGUGGCUGAAGGAGGGAGGAUUUCUUCCGCCAAAUCAUCACAUUAAAGACGGAGUGCUCAGAAUCGAGAACCUUGAGCAAAGCAAUGAGGGAAUCUACACCUGCAGAGCUACAAGUCUGUUUGGACAGGCUCAGGACAGUGCUAGACUCACCAUUCAAGCUCUACCCAAAGUGAGGAUCAAUGUGCGCACGUCAGUACAGACAGUGAUGGUGGGCAACUCAGUGGAAUUUGAGUGCCAUGCAAUCGGUGACCCAGAGCCCACAGUGAGCUGGAGUAAAGUGGGAGGCUCUCUUCCUGAUCAUGUGGAAGUAAGGGGGAACAUCCUGAGGAUUGAUCAAGUGACCGAAUCAGAUUCAGGACAGUACCGCUGCACGGCCACUAAUAAUGUUGGCUCGGAGCAUUCCCAUGUGGUCCUUAAUAUCCAGUCCUUGCCUCAGAUUGCUGCACAGCCUGAGGCAAAGGAAGUGACAGUUGGCUCUGAUGCGGUUUUGCCCUGCAUUGCAUCUGGAUACCCAGUCCCAACCAUCACAUGGUCAAAGGUGGAGAAUGAGUUGCCCUCUAAGUGCAGACAGGAUGGACAUGUCCUGACAGUCCCUGGUAUCACACAUUCAGAUGCAGGAACAUAUGUGUGUACAGCUGCUAAUAAGCAGGGGAAAGUUGAGGCCUUCACCAGACUCAAUGUUCAUGAGAGAGUGAUGCCCUACUUUACCCAAGAGCCUCUCUCGUACCUCACACUGCCCACCAUCAAAAACUCCUACAAAGCAUUCAGCAUCAAAAUUACCUUCAGGCCGGACAAUGUUGAUGGGCUCAUUUUGUAUGCCGGUAUGAUCAUUUAUAAUGGACAAAAGAAGACCACAGGUGCUGACUUCAUAUCUUUUGGGUUGGUGGGCGGCCGCCCUGAAUUCAGGUUUGAUGUGGGCUCUGGGAUGGCAACUAUUCGUUACCCUACUUCCAUUAAACUGGGCGAGUUUCACACAGUGCAGCUCUAUAGGAAUCAGACUCAGGGCUCUCUUAUUGUGGAUGGAGAAGCUCCUAUAAAUGGAACCUCACAGGGAAAAUUCAAGGGCCUGGAUCUGAAUGAGGAGCUUUUUGUAGGCGGUUAUCCAAACUAUAGCAUGCUUGCUAAAACUGCAGACCUCAAGACAGGGUUUGUUGGUUGUAUCAAACAGCUGAUUAUCCAAGGUGAUGAGAUCAUUUUCAAGGACCUUGAUAAAAGUUCCACUGGAGUUUCGAAUUGUCCCACCUGCAAGGACCACCCAUGUCAGAAUGGUGGAGUGUGUGCGGAUUCUGUAGCCAGUCUCUACAAAUGCAAUUGCCAGAGAGGAUUCACAGGGAGCAACUGCCAGCAUCACUCGUCCUUGCACUGCCACACAGAGGCCUGUGGACCGGAUGCCACCUGUAUUAACCGGCCUAGUGGUUUGGGCUAUGACUGCCGCUGUCACUUGGGCAAGUCUGGAGUGAAGUGCAUGGAUGGUACUCUGGUAACGACACCAUUGUUUGAUGGAGUCGAAUCUUACAUCGCAUAUCCUCCUCUCACUAAUAUUCAUAAUGACCUCCGCAUCGAGAUGGAGUUUAAGCCCAUGGAUGUAGAUGGGCUGAUGUUCUUCAGCGGAGGCAAAAAGAUGAAAGUGGAGGACUUUGUGGCAUUAUCCAUGGUAGACGGACAUGUCGAGUUCCGAUAUGAACUUGGUACAGGUCAAGCUGUUCUGCGCAGUCAAGAUCCCGUGUCUCUGGGUCAGUGGCACCGUGUGGUGGCCGAACGGCUCAAUAAAGACGGCUCCUUGAAGGUGGACCAUGCACGAGAGAUCACAAGGUCCUCUCCAGGCAAGGCCCAAGGCCUUAAUAUCCACACACCCAUGUAUCUGGGAGGAGUGCCCAGCAUGGACAUCUUGCCCAAACCUGCAAAUGUUAGCAUGCUGUUUGAUGGAUGCAUAGGAGAGGUCUUCAUCAAUGGAAAGAAAGUGGAUCUCUCAUACAGCUUCACUGAGAGCAGAGCCAUCAGCCAAUGUAAAGAUGGCAGCCCAUGUGACCGCAGGCCUUGUCUGCACGGAGGCACCUGUAUGCCCAGUGCUGAGUAUGAGUAUCAGUGCCUCUGCGCUGAAGGAUACGAGGGUGACCGUUGUGAAAUAGUGAGGGACACCUGUCGAGAUUCUUCGCAGUGCCAGAAUGGUGGCAGCUGUGCGAAUAACCAGUGUGUGUGUCUGGCCGGCUACACAGGCCGACACUGUGAGAAAGGGCAGGAGUCCAGCUUCACCGAGGCGCUGUGGAAUUUGGAGGGUAGUGGGGGAAAUGACUCUCCCAUUGAAUAUUCUGCAUAUUUCCAUAGUAAUGGAUAUCUGGCCCUUCCAAAGCCCAUGUUCCCACGAAGUGCUCCUGACUCUCCAGAGACCAUUGAGUUAGAGAUCAACACUGUGUCUACAGACGGCCUCAUCCUGUGGCAGGGAGUGGAGCCUGCAGGCGCUCUAAAUCUCCGUAAGAAGCAUGCUAGUAUAAAGGAACUAGGACAUCAAGGAAAGGGGAAGGACUUCAUAAGUCUUGGUUUACAAAAUGGACAUCUUGUGUUUAGUUACCAGCUGGGCAGUGGAGAGGCUCAGAUUCUGUCCAAAGAGCCUGUCAAUGAUGGAGAGUGGCACUUGAUCACUGCAGUUCGAACGGGUAAGCAGGGCUACCUCCAGAUCGAUGGAGGAUCUGUCCAACGUGGACAAUCACAAGGCAAAAGCAUCAUGGUGAACACCAAAGGCAACAUAUACUUGGGUGGGGCUCCAGACAUGAAAGCCUUGACCGGUGGAAAGUACUCCUCGGGUAUCACGGGCUGCGUUAAGAACCUCUCGUUGAUGAACGCUCGACCGGGAGAACAGCCAGCACGACCUAUCGACCUGCAGGUCCACGCAGAGGAGGGCAUCAACGUGGAGCGCUGCUUAACAUAGACGCAGUACUAACUACCAGAGACUACAGAAAAAGAACCCUCAUCUACAUUCACACUGAGAAACUUGCAAUUCUCAGAUGCUUACUGGACAAACUACAGUCACACUUUAAGAAACACACACUGUUAUGUGUUUCUUGGUGCUUCACCGCAACCAAAAAAAAAAACACACACAUGAAAGGAUUGUUUAAACCAAAAAAAAAAAAAAAGAGAAAGAAAAAUUAAUGAUAUUAACAAGUCUUCAAUUUUUCCGUGUUUUAUGCUCAAUGAAGGACUUAUUAACACAGAAGCUCAGUUUACAUACUCCGAACAGUAGCUUUUUAGCCAUGAGAAAAAGAUGACAAAAGGUUUAAAAAAAUAAACAUGAUGAGCCUUCUAUGGUGGGUCAGAUCCUAUGGAAUCGGAGAUGUUUUUACAGCACUGAAUUUUUAUUUAUAAGCAUAUUAAUCUAUAUAUAUAUAUAUUAUAUUUGUGGGGGAAAAAGCAAGCUAACAAUAACCUGCUCAUUUGUUUUCCUAGCAGUGAUUCUAGGCUCUAAUAUUGCGUGUCUGAGUUUUAGUGCCCGAGCUGUGUUAAUACUUGAAGAGUUGCCUUCUUUUACUCUGUAUGAAGGGCCGGUGGGGGCGAGCAUGCUUAGAUACCAUGAGGAACAGGUCUCUGUGAGGUCACAGCACAGAAGACAUCAAGAUGCAUCUCAGGUGAAGAUUGUUGCUAAAAAAUACAUAUUGGGAGAUCAUAUAUAUGGUGUAGACUGUAUAUAUUUGACUGAUAUGCCUUCCAUGUUUGUUAACAUUAUGUCUGGUAAAUGUGUCUGGUAAUAAAAAGUAAAAAAAAACAUAUGGUGCUAAAUUCAGACAUGACAGAGGCGACAAAACAACCACCGUUUCAGUAUCAUGUUAUAUUUAUUCUAUGGAUGGGUCUCGUUUGUUGUAAGUAAUAAAAGCCACAGCUUUACAAUAAAAUAAAAUGCUGUUUACUGAUUACAAUCCCUCAAGCCAAAGUAUUGAGACUGAAGUUAAUUUUAGUAAAUUUUAGAUUAAAACUGGAUGUGAUAUCUCUAAAUAAUUUUUUUUUUUUUUUUUUUUUUUUUUUUUUUUUUUAAAUAACAGGACUAGAAUUAUUCAUUCAUGUUGUGGAUCUCAAAUGUUACAGAAAAUACAUUGCAGAAGUUGUUUAAAUGAUUUUUUUUUUUUUCAGUCUUAUAUAUUCCUCACAGUUUUUCUCACUAACAUAUUAUUUUGCACGAUAUAUUUGUUUAUUGAGGUGUCUUCUGCCAUUGCAUUCAUAUCAUGUAUGAGUCUUACACAAUGUGCGUUGAACAAAGAUCCUCUGGAGGGUUAAUGAAGAACUGCUACAUCUACGACGUACCGUCAGGUUCAUUAUCUCAAUCAGAGCGUACAGGAAGUGAUUGAUUCUGGCUGCUCUCAUUGCAUAGUCAAAAUGAGAAGGUCUGAAAUGGAGAACGUGGAUUGCCUAGUGAAGCCCCACUUUUAUUAGUGCUGUGACUUCUAAUGAGCAUGCUCGCCCACAUGGGCCAGACAGGGGUCAAAGGUCACCUUGGCCCUGUGUGUUUUUUUCACCCUUUUAUAUGAUUAAGGCUUGUUUGUUAAUUUUUUUUUGAACAAAAAAAGAGCAUUACUGCUUAAUUAAAGUUGCUUCACUUUUAUUAUUAUUA